GGCGGAGGCUCGCAGCGGUGCGGACGCUAGUAGCUGGUGCACACUCAGUGUUGAAGAAGAAAAUACAGAAACUUUCCUAGAAUAUGAGAGUAAACUGAGGGGUAAUUGGAAGGGAAAAGGAAAAAAGCAGAGCAGCGAGAAGGGAGGCCUGAAGAAGAUGACGAGUGAAAUUGGAACCGAUGAGAGUGCUGGCUACUCAAAAGCUUAAGCCUUUCUUCCCUGCUAAUAGAAAAAAUUGGCUCCUACAACCCUGACAGGUGCAAGGCAAAAGCCCUAUUACCGGCCCAAUUGUCCAAAGACCCAAAAUUAACGCAGCAAAACCGCCAGUACCUCCUUCGGAGAUUCGGCCCUUCUCAAUUUUCACCUUCGGACCUUCCGUAGCCCCGGAUUCUUGGGUGACCGUUGUCAAGGCUACUCAGCGAAGGAAAAUCUGUUUUUGCUCAGUUUGUGGAUUACACUUCAGAAAUCACCACUUAGGAGAUCAGUGAGAAGAUGGCUGUGGUUGCUUCUGCGCCGGGAAAAGUUUUGAUAACAGGAGGUUAUCUAAUCCUUGAGAGGCCCAAUCCAGGGAUUGUCCUGAGUACAAAUGCUCGCUUUUAUGCCAUUGUGAAGCCACUUUAUGAGGAGGUCAAACCCAAUAGUUGGGCAUGGGCAUGGACAGAUGUGAAAUUAACUUCUCCUCAGAUGUCAAGAGAAACUCUCUACAAACUGUCACUUAAACAUUUCAAACUUCAGCCUUCAUCUACACGCGAUUCAAGAAACCCCUUUGUGGAAAAUGCAGUGGAGUAUGCCAUUGCAGCAGCACAUGCAACCUUUGAUAAAUAUAAAAAGGAUGUUUUACAUAAACUACUUUUGCAAGGUCUUGACAUUACAAUCUUGGGUUGCAAUGAAUUUUAUUCAUACCGGAACCAGAUUGAAGCACAUGGACUUCCUCUAACACCAGAAUCUCUGGCUUCUCUUCCUCCUUUCACUUCAAUAACCUUUAAUGCAGAAGAAGCUGGCAGUGAAAGUAAAAAACCUGAAGUUGCUAAGACUGGAUUGGGAUCAUCAGCAGCCAUGACAACUGCAGUUGCUGCUGCUUUGCUUCAUUACCUUGGCGUUGUUAAUCUUUCCUCCUUGACCGAUGAUCAAUUUCAAGGAAAGAGAGAUGCUGAUGUUCUUGACAUUGUUCAUGUGAUUGCUCAAGCCGCACACUGCAUUGCACAGGGUAAAGUUGGUAGUGGAUUUGAUGUGAGUUCUGCAGUCUAUGGAAGCCAACGGUAUGUACGGUUUUCACCUGACGUGCUUUCUCCUGCUCAGAAUGCAGGUAUGGCAACACCACUGACAGAAGUCAUAAGUGAGGUGCUAAAAGCAAAGUGGGACCAUGAGAGGACUAAAUUCUCUUUGCCUCCUUUGAUGACUCUUUUACUAGGAGAGCCAGGAUCAGGAGGAUCAUCCACACCAUCAAUGGUAGGUGCUGUAAAAAAAUGGCAGAAGUCAGACCCUCAAAGUUCACAGGAAACAUGGAGGAAGUUACUGGAAAAAAAUUCUGCUCUUGAAAGGAACCUAAAUGCCUUAUCGAAGUUGUCAGAAUGUGAUUAUACUUCGUAUGAGUAUAUUAUCAACUGCUGCAGCACGCUUCCAGCUGGAAAGUGGAGGGAGACAGUCAGUGGGCUUCACCAAACAGAGGUCGUUAAGGAGUUGUUGGGAGCUCGGGAUGCCAUGCUAGGUAUCAGAUAUGAAAUGCGCAAAAUGGGCGAGGCUGCCGGAAUCCCAAUAGAACCAGAAUCUCAAACGCGGCUUCUGGAUGAGACAAUGAAUAGGGAGGGAGUAGUGCUGGCUGGUGUUCCAGGUGCGGGUGGCUUUGAUGCCAUCUUUGCAGUCACAUUAGGAGGCUCUACUACUUCAAGCACAGACAAUCUCAUCAGAGCAUGGAGUUCGCGCAAUGUGCUCGCCCUUCUUGUGAGAGAAGACCCUCGUGGUGUUUCCCUGGAGAAGCAUGAUGACCCUCGAAUCCGGGAAGUUACCUCAGGUGUUUCAUCUAUCAAGAUUUGAUUUGAAUUAAUAACGCAUAGCAGAUUAUUGAGCAUUUUCUGCAGUACAGUAAUUUAGAGUUUUGUUGUAACUGUUUGCUAUUUAUUUGUACCCCUACCAAAUAUUAAUAAUAAUAAUAAUACAGCUAAACUUAAUAAAUGCGUAUUUACCUCUUCGUUUUAGUCCUUCAGUAA